UUACAUCAAGUACUGCGUGUGAUACCGAGGUGUCGACGGGGUGAAAAUUGUGAUGAUAAAAAGGAUUAACAACAACUUUCACCACAUUCAAAUACUGCCCACCACCCACUCAUUGUCCCAGUUCAGCUGUGGCUCGACCUUUGGACAGAUGUGUCAACAUCAGGUGGACCUGAAACUGCAGCGGUUAGCAGCCUCCCUCAGUCAUCAGGCGACUUCAUCUGCUGAGUGUUGCUGAAACUUUUUUGGCUGGUCUGCUUUUCAGAACAGUUUUGUUCAAUAGUGAGGAGCUGGAGCGUGCUCAGUGAGGUUGGGAAGACGUCAACAUGUCCGUCUCCACUCAGCUGGGUUUACUGCUUUGGAAGAACUUCACCUACCGACGGAGACAGACUAUCCAGCUGCUGAUUGAGAUCAUCUGGCCCCUGUUCAUCUUCUUCAUCCUGAUCUCAGUCCGAAUACAUUAUCCACCCUACGAGCAACAUGAAUGCCAUUUCCCUAACAAGGCCAUGCCCUCAGCGGGUACCCUGCCCUGGAUGCAAGGCAUCAUCUGUAACGCCAACAACCCCUGCUUCCGUAACCCUACGCCUGGCGAGAGUCCCGGGGUGGUGGGGAACUUCAAUGAUUCUAUAAUCUCCCGUCUGUUCCUCGACGCCAAGAAGAUCCUGCUCUACACUCAGAACGAUAGAAGCUACGAUGGCUACAAAGGGCUGCUGAGGGCCCUCAGGAAGCUGCAGAAGAACACUGCCAGUUUCAAGCUGAAGGACUUUUUGCAGGACAACGAGACCCUCUCCCACUUCCUGCACCACAACGCCUCCCUUCCUCGUCACGCGCUGAAGCAGAUAGUGGAGGCCGACGUCAAUCUGGAGAAGGUGCUGACUAAAGGUUUCGGCUUCCAUCUCAGAGACCUCUGUAACACCACCCCCCUGGAGGAGUUCGUCCACAUUGCCGACCGCAACGUGUCCCGUCUGACGCAAGAAAUCAUCUGCAAGUCCUCCAGUGAUUGGCUGGACAAGGCCCAGAGCCACUUCCUGUCCAACUUGGACUUCUUCAAACCCAUUCGGAAGGAUGUGCAGUCGGACCCCAAAGUCGUCCAGGAGGUCUCAGCUGCAACCGACAAUCUUCUGGAGAGCCUGGGAGCGCUGGCCGUGGAGCUUGCCAGCAUGAAGAGUUGGAAGGACAUGCGUAAGGAGAUCCUGUAUCUGAAUGCGAAUGCCACAGGCUCUCCAAACCAGAUGUACCAAGCUGUGUCACGUAUCGUGUGCGGACACCCCGAGGGAGGCGGCCUCAAAAUCAAGUCUCUCAACUGGUAUGAGGACAACAACUACAAGGCCCUGUUCGGUAGCCAUGGCAACGACAGCGACAAUGAACCCCUCUCAGCUUACGACAACUCUUCCACUCCUUAUUGUAACAACAUGAUGCGGAGCCUGGAGUCCAGCCCCAUCUCAAGGAUGAUCUGGAGGGCCCUGAAGCCUCUGCUCAUGGGGAAGAUCCUGUACACCCCAGAUACUCCGGCCACACAGAGAAUCAUCCACGAGGUUAAUAAGACCUUCCAGGAGCUCGGCGUGCUGAGGGACCUCGGAGGGAUGUGGGAGGAAAUGAAGCCCAAAGUUUGGAACUUCAUGGAGAACGGCGAGGAAAUGGACAUGGUCAGGACGCUGCUCCAGAAUAAAGCCAGUGCCGCGUUCUUUAACGCCCAACUCAGCGGGACUGAGUGGCGUGUGUCAGACGUGUCGGCCUUCCUGACGAAGGUCUCGGAGGACCAAAGACCCGCCGGAUCCGCCUACACCUGGAGAGACGUCUUCAACGAAACUGACCAGGCCAUACAGACCAUCUCACGCUUCAUGGAGUGUGUGAACCUGGACAAGCUGGAGCCGGUAGCCAACGAGGAGAGACUGGUCAACAAGUCCAUGGGUCUCCUAAACAACCAGAAGUUCUGGGCUGGAAUCGUGUUUCCCGACAUCGCCCGUAGCAACAGCACCGACUUGCCUCCCAAUAUCAACUAUAAGAUCCGCAUGGACAUUGAUAAUGUUGAGAGGACAAACAAGAUUAAAGAUGGCUAUUGGGACCCCGGUCCCAGGGCGGACCCCUUUGAGGACCUUCGCUACGUCUGGGGCGGAUUUUCUUACCUACAGGACGUCAUUGAGCAUGGAAUCAUCAGAGCCAUCACUGGCACCAAGGAGAAGACGGGCAUCUACGUUCAGCAGAUGCCCUACCCCUGCUACGUUGAUGACAUUUUCCUGCGGGUGAUGAGUCGGUCGAUGCCUCUCUUCAUGACCCUGGCGUGGAUGUACUCGGUAGCCAUCAUCAUCAAGGGCGUGGUCUACGAGAAGGAGGCGCGGCUCAAAGAGACCAUGAGGAUCAUGGGGCUGAACAACGGCAUCCUGUGGCUCAGCUGGUUCAUCAGCAGUUUGAUCCCGCUCCUGAUCAGCGCCGGCUUGCUGGUGAUGUUAUUGAAGAUGGGAAACCUGUUGCCUUACAGUGACCCUGGCGUGGUGUUUCUAUUCCUGGGAUCCUUCGGUGUCGUAACCAUCAUGCAGUGCUUCCUCAUUAGCACCCUGUUCUCUCGCGCCAACUUGGCAGCCGCCUGCGGUGGCAUCAUAUACUUCACACUCUACCUGCCCUACGUGCUGUGUGUCGCCUGGCAGGACUACGUGGGGUUCGGAGCAAAGAUUAUGGUGAGUCUGCUGUCUCCUGUGGCGUUCGGUUUCGGCUGCGAGUACUUUGCCCUGUUUGAGGAGCAAGGGGUGGGCAUCCAGUGGUCCAACCUGCUGGCCAGCCCUCUGGAGGAGGACAGCUACAACCUGACCACCUCCAUCUGCCUCAUGCUGUUUGACGCUGUGCUCUACGGAAUAAUGACCUGGUACAUCGAAGCCGUGUUCCCUGGUCAGUAUGGGAUCCCCAGGCCUUGGUAUUUCCCUUUCACUAAGACGUACUGGUGUGGAGAGAAAGAGAACACCAACCUCUCAGCCUCUCUGUCGAAGAAGGGCAACGCUGAAGCAGUGUGUAUUGAAGAGGAGCCAGACCACAUUGAGCCAGGUGUCUACAUCGAGAAUCUGGUGAAGGUCUACAGCCAUGGGAACAAGCUGGCUGUAGACGGACUGUCCCUGAGGUUCUAUAAGGGACAGAUCACCUCCUUCCUCGGCCACAACGGAGCCGGCAAGACCACAACUAUGUCAAUCCUGACGGGGUUGUUUCCACCCACAUCUGGCACGGCCUAUAUCCACGGCAAGGACAUCCGCAGUGAGCUCAGCACCAUCCGGCAGAAUCUGGGCGUCUGUCCCCAGCACAACGUACUUUUCAGCAUGCUGACGGUGGAGGAGCACAUCUGGUUCUACGCCCGUCUGAAGGGGCUGCCGGAGGAGAAGGUGAAGACCGAGAUGGAACAGAUCGUGAACGAUGUCGGACUGCCUCACAAACGGCACUCUCGCACCAACGCGCUGUCCGGAGGGAUGCAGAGGAAGCUGUCAGUGGCCCUGGCUUUUGUUGGGGGCUCAAAGGUUGUGAUCCUGGAUGAACCUACAGCUGGGGUUGAUCCCUACGCACGCAGGGGGAUCUGGGACCUGCUGCUGAAAUACAGACAAGGCCGCACCAUCAUCCUGUCCACCCAUCACAUGGACGAGGCCGACAUCCUGGGCGACCGCAUCGCCAUCAUUUCCCACGGCAAGCUGUGCUGCGUGGGCUCCUCGCUCUUCCUGAAGACCCAGCUGGGCACGGGCUACUACCUGACUCUGGUCAAGAGAGACUACGAUCUGACGCUCCAGUCCUGCAGGAACUCUGCCAGCACCGUCUCCUACAGCAAGAAGCCCGAGAAGGAGGACAGUGUGUCAGAGAGCAGCUCAGAUGCUGGUCUGGGCAGCGAACCCGAGAGUGAAACCACCACUAUUGGUAAGAGUAAAAUUAAAACUUUGCAAGGCAUAUCAGAUGUUGAUGUUUUGAUCAUUCCCCCUCACCAAGCUCUCUUCUUCCCUACAGAUGUGUCCCUCAUCUCCAACGUGAUAUUCAAGCAUGUCCACGAGGCUCGCCUAGUGGAGGACCUCGGCCACGAGAUCACCUACGUUCUGCCCUACCAGUCAGCUAAAGACGGAGCCUUUGUAGAGCUCUUCCACGAGCUGGACGACCGUCUCACCGACCUGGGAAUAUCCAGCUACGGGAUAUCUGACACCACCCUGGAGGAGAUUUUCUUGAAAGUGGCUGAGGACAGUGGAGUGGAUGCUGUUGAGCUCUCAGAUGGAGUUGUGCCGACCAGGAUUCGUCGCCAUCACGCGUUUGGAGACCACCAGAGCUGCCUGAAGCCCUUCACCGAAGACGACUUUGAUUUCAACGACUCUGAAGGUGACCCAGAAUCCCGUGAGACCGACUGGCUCAGUGGAACAGAUGGCAAAGGCUCAUACCAGGUCAAGGGCUGGAGUCUGAAGAGACAGCAGUUUGUGGCACUACUCUGGAAACGAUUCCUCUACGCUCGUCGCUCCAGGAAAGGCUUCUUCGCUCAGAUUGUUCUCCCGGCGGUGUUUGUGUGUAUCGCCCUGGUGUUCAGCCUGAUUGUCCCUCCGUUUGGAAAGUACCCAAGUCUGACUCUGGAUCCCGGCAUGUAUGGAGAACAGUUUUCCUUCAUCAGUAAUGACUUACCUGAGGACCCUCACGUCAACAAACUACUGGGAGCCCUGACUGAAAAACCAGGAUUUGGAACGCGCUGCAUGGAAGGACAACCCAUACCGGACUCUCCCUGUACAGCGGUUGAGGGCGAGUGGUCGCUCCCGCAAGUCUCUGAAAGCGUGAAGGACAUUUUCGACAACGGCAACUGGUCCAUGGAGAACCCCUCCCCCAUGUGUGAGUGCAGCUGUGGAGGACGCAAGAGGAUGCUCCCGGAGUGUCCCGCUGGUGCCGGGGGACUUCCACCACCACAGAUGAUGAUCAGUGACAAAGACACGCUUCAGAAUUUGACUAGCAGGAACAUCUCAGACUAUCUGGUUAAAACCUACGCUCAGAUCAUUGGCAAGAGUCUGAGGAACAAGAUUUGGGUCAACGAGUUCAGAUAUGGCGGAUUCUCAUUGGGCGCCAGGAGUUCUCAGUUCAUGGCCCACACAGGUGACGUCGACGAUGCGAUCGCUCAACUGACGAAACGUUUCCAACUGGAGAGAGGAACCGCAGCGGAUCGUUUCUUUAACAGUCUCUCCAGUUUUAUACAAGGAUUGGACACCAAGAAUAACGUCAAGAUCUGGUUCAACAACAAGGGCUGGCACAGCAUGGGCUCUUUCCUCAACGUGAUGAACAACGGCAUCCUGCGCGCCAGCCUGCAGGCCGACCAAGACCCCACCAAGUUUGGCAUCACUGCCUCCAAUCACCCGCUCAACCUCACCAAGGAGCAGCUGUCGCAGGUCGCACUGAUGACGACAUCUGUUGACGUGCUGGUUUCCAUCUGCGUGAUCUUCGCCAUGUCCUUUGUCCCGGCCAGUUUUGUGGUCUUCCUCAUCCAGGAGAGAGUGAACAAGGCCAAGCACAUGCAGUUCAUCAGCGGAGUGCAGCCUUUACUGUACUGGCUGGCCAACUUUGUCUGGGAUAUGUGUAACUACAUCGUCCCAGCCACACUGGUCAUCAUCAUCUUCAUCUGUUUCCAACAAGACGCCUACGUCUCCUCCACCAAUCUGCCCGUGCUGGCGCUGCUUCUGCUGCUCUACGGGUGGUCGAUCACCCCUCUGAUGUACCCGGCCUCGUUCUUCUUUAAGAUCCCCAGCACGGCCUACGUGGUCCUGACCAGCGUCAACAUACUGAUAGGAAUCAACGGCAGCGUCUCCACGUUUGUACUGGAGCUGUUUGGAAGCAAUGAAAUCGGUGGCAUCAACGACAUCCUGAAGAACGUGUUCCUCAUCUUCCCUCACUUCUGUCUGGGCAGAGGACUAAUUGACAUGGUGAAGAAUCAGGCAAUGGCCGACGCUUUGGAGAGAUUCGGCGAAAACCGCUUCCGCUCCCCGCUGGCCUGGGACAUGGUGGGAAAGAACCUGUUCGCGAUGGCCAUAGAGGGCCUGAUCUUCUUCAUCAUCACCGUCCUCAUUCAGUACCACUUCUUCUUCAAGGCCAGGUCGUCCACCAGUCACCUGAAGCCGAUUGGAGAAGAGGACGAGGAUGUGGCCAGAGAGCGACAGAGGAUCCUUAGCGGAGGAGGAAAGUCGGACAUCCUGGAGCUCAAAGAGCUCACCAAGAUUUACAAGAGGAAACAGAAGCCGGCAGUGGACCGGCUGUGUGUCGGCAUCCCCCCUGGAGAGUGCUUUGGUUUGCUGGGGGUGAAUGGAGCAGGGAAGACCAGCACCUUUAAAAUGCUGACAGGAGACUCGGUGGUCACCGGUGGAGAGGCCUACCUGAAUGGCAAGAGUGUAACUAAAGAGAUAGAUGAGGUGCAUCAGAACAUGGGCUACUGUCCUCAGUUUGACGCCAUCAACGACCUGCUGACCGGCAGAGAGCACCUCGAGUUUUACGCCAUCCUGAGAGGAGUACCUGAGAAGGAAGUCUGUGAGGUGGCAGAGUGGGGCAUCAGGAAGCUGGGCUUGGUCAAAUAUGUGGACAAGUCAGCAGGCAGCUACAGUGGAGGAAACAUGAGGAAACUGUCGACUGCCAUCGCUCUCAUAGGAGGACCACCUGUCGUCUUUCUGGAUGAACCGACGACAGGCAUGGAUCCUAAAGCACGUCGUGCUCUGUGGAACGCCAUCCUGAGCAUCAUCAAAGAGGGACGAUCUGUAGUCCUGACCUCUCACAGCAUGGAGGAGUGUGAAGCACUUUGCACCAGAAUGGCCAUCAUGGUCAACGGCAGGUUCCGCUGUCUGGGCAGCGUGCAGCAUCUCAAAAACAGGUUUGGUGAUGGCUACACCAUCAUCCUGCGGGUGACCGGCCCCGACCCAGACCUCCGGCCGGUGAUGGAGUUCAUAGAGCGGGAGCUGCCCGGCAGCACGCUGAAGGAGAAGCACCGCAACAUGCUGCAGUACCAGCUGCCUACCUCCCUCACCUCCCUCGCCCGCAUCUUCUCCCUGUUCUCUACGAACAAGGAGGCCCUCAGCAUAGAGGACUACUCCGUCUCACAGACAACGUUAGACCAAGUGUUUGUAAAUUUCGCCAAGGACCAAAGUGACGAGGACCAUUUGAAAGAUCUGCACAAACGGGACGCUGUGGUAGUGGACAUUUCAAAGUUGAACUCUUUCCUCACGGACAACAAGACCAGGGAAAGCUGCGUCUGAUUCCACAACAUACCAUCAGUGGGGGUCGCUACGCUUCACCCACCCUCCCCCCCCCAACCCAGAAAAUAUGGACCACUACCCUUCAGGGGGGAGAAACGAACUAUGUUCAUUUUUUUUUUCUAUUUUUUAGUCUUUUUUAAUUGUUAUCAUUUCUCAGUGGACCUGCAUUUCAGCGCACAGCCUCUUGAGGCAGAGACUGCAGGUAUUAUGACACUGAAGCAAUGGAAACUCAAUGCAAAUCAAUGCAAGAAAUAUAUAUAUAUGAAUAUAUUUAAAGAUGAGAAGAUAUUCCUGUGAGGGUUGGAGACCGGCGCUUCUCCUUCACGAGACGGACAGAAAGAACGAACACUUGAAGAAGCGACGGCAAAGGAUUACGAUGCUGCGCUCGACUGGAAAGCCCCGUAGCCCCGCUACUCGCUCACUCAACGGACAACGGCAUCGGGGACGAUGGAAGGAAAUAUCUCUAGUUUUUAAUCCCCGUUCCUAAAGGUUAGUUAGCAGUAGUCGGUGGGACUGUGUGUGGAAAAGAAAAAUCAGAUCAUUCACUGCCAACUGCUACAAAAAAAGGAUGGACGGACUACUUUUUUAUUCAGGGUCUCUCGAUUUCUCGACAUCACCAAGCGCAGUUGUUUUUAUCAUGCAAAAGAUGGUAAAAAGAAAAAAGCAUUUACAAUCCAAUUAAUUUCAGUCGCAAUCACGCAACAUAUUAAUUUUUACUAAUUUUAUUUUAUUUUUUAAGAUUAAGAAUUUAAUUCUAAUAGACAAACUUAACCUCUAUGGAGUUUUUCUUUGUUUGGGUAAUAAUUAAGAUAACCAAGUUGUCUUUUUUUUAUUAUUAUUUGUUGUUCUUUGUGUCCUUGACAUUGUCCAGCACAGUGCCUAUACUGUAUCACGGUGGAGAGAGAAAUCUGAGCACUCCAUUAAAAACAACAACAAUGUAUGUAGGCUGCCCAGGAAUGUACAAGACAGACAUCAACACGCAUCAAAGCACAAAAAAAGGAGCUUUUUUGUGAAGAUAAGGAAUGAAACUUGACUGUUUUUCUGUUUUUUUUAAUUGUGUCCUUCAUCAUUGUCAAAAACCAUAAAAAAAAAAAUCUUGUGGUUGCUUGAUGUCUGUACGAGAUGUGCAGUCUGCUAUUACUGGCUUGUUUUUACUCGCUCUGCUCUCUUCGGAUGAACCGAUCAGAGUGGACGCAAGGUGACCAUCGUAAACUGGCUUCAAGAGAAAGAUGAAGAAUUUGGUUUUCUUUGAAAGUUCAUUGGAAAUAUAUAUACUGCAUGCUUUCCACUGGGCCACACACACCUGGACUAUCAGCACAUCUGUGUGCGUGUGUGUGUGCCGAAGCAUGCCGUCAGAUCAGCUUGUAAAACGACUGGUGGCAACUGAGUUGUGCUUCAUAGUUGUGGGAUUACUGGCACAUAUAUUGUGGAGUCUAAAUCCAAAAUUCUGUUGUAAAAAAAAAGAGGGAAAAUCUGUAUCAAAAUGUGAUUUUUGGAUGGAAAUGUUAAAGAUGGGCUACUUUUCCGGGCAUGAUGGGAGCGUUUAAGACCUGAGCCAGCUCCGAUGUGGAUAUUAUGUACAGUAGCAACUUUGUGAUGUCGAGUCAAAAAAAAAAAAAAUGUUACCAGUGGAGUGAACAAACAGUAUCUGUGCCAAAUGGAGCUGAAUAUAUAUCUUUGAUCCACCAGCAUAAUAUGGAGAAGGCAACUGUUUUGUAAAAGUUUUAAGUUGUGCUUUGGUUUCAGUUCUUCAUCCAUCGUCAGCGGCUGGAAAGCACACAUUAUGUGCUCCCUCGUUCAGCCUCCAUCCGUUUUUCUAUCUUCUAGUCAUGUUGCCAAAUUCUAAUCUUUGUCUGUCCACACUAAUAUGCUGCCACACUGAUGUCGACCAUGCUGUCAGUAACUCAAAUCUUUUAGACCUGAGGUCGAGAUACUUCACACAAAACGAUGUUUCCAGAAGCUCGUCAACAAGCCAGACUACACAUAAAUGGGGACCAUGUCAAUUAGAGUUGUGCUUGUAAUGCUUUAUAGUCCAAAAACAAAUAGUAUCCAGGGUUUAAAACAGAUGACAGAUUAUUGUCAUUACGGGUUCUCUGUGUCAUAUCGAAUCUCGGAACGCACCAAAACCCCUCAGCUAAAUGUGAGCACUUUAUCAUAGCCUGUCCUGUGUGAGAGACGUAGAAGUAGGGAUUUGGUUUAAAUUAGACGUUUAAGAACGAAAUCUCUGCACUGGAACACAGGUGUAAUUCAUACAAAAUGAAGCUGCAUUAAAACGUUCGUUUGAGACUUGAAAUGAAGAAACGAAGGCUCACAUGUGAAAUGAGUGAAAAGCAGACAGACGUUCUAAAGAGAGACAUGCAGGACAGAACUACGGUGGUGAUUUUUUCUCUUCUCGUGCUCAAUAUUAUUAUUUGUUUACAUUUUUAAGUAUUAAACAGCUGUUUGAGUCUGUUACGCAUUGUGUAUAGUUACUCUUUACAUUAAUAAAAUAAAAAAAUUCAUACGUUUUGAAAAAAA